AUGCAGCUCGUGCUGCUACUUAUGACGGCCGCUGCAGCUGCUGUGUAUGGUUCCACCGCUGUCCGAAAACUUGGCGAUAUGCCGGAAAAUCUAUAUGCCAAGGAACAAAAGGCAUUUAAGCACUGGUCGGCACAUUUAAGUGGAUAUACAGGUUUCAGCACGGCCUCCAGUUCACCAAAAGAAAACACUGCCUCGUGGGUCUGCACCGUCGCCCCAAAAACAGGAAUGGCGUGUUGCGGCUUGCCUUUUAUAGGCCGGAUGUCGUAUGCCUGCGGAUUUUUACGUCCUUGCGCAUCCGUUCAUCACGGCCUUGACGUUUCCCCACUUUGAGGUGCCAUCGGGACACAACCCUGCGCCUGCGUGGCUGCAGUUGCCACCAUGGUGCCUCGCUCGGUACCGCUAGAUGGCGCUGCAGUACCUUUAUAAAUUCUUGGCGCCUUCCGUAGCGCUGCCACCUUUUAUUCU